AUGCUAACGCCUCUACUAGUAACUUUCGCCUUAAUCUUUACCAUUAGAGAUGGUCGAGUUCUGCUUUACAACACUGAAAAGGAAGAGGCAGUCGAGAAAUUUGAUUGUGUCUAUUAUGUGCCCAAUGAUGGAGAGGAAAUUUCAUAUUGCCGUCGCCCAGGCGGAAAUCAAUCAUACAAUCGACGAAAGAAUGAAUGUAAUAAUCAUGGGGAGAAGAGACUCUUCCGGCAUCUACUCAAUGAAGAAAUUCAUCCAAACAUCGUUCUCAAGUGGAUUUCAAGUGUUGAGAUGGCAGAUUUAUAUGCUAGUGUUUUCUACAAUGACUCGUUUAUUGACGACGACGAUGAUCGAUUUGUGUGUAAUUGCACAAAAUCGGGAACAUUUGGAAAAUAUUGUGAGUAUCAAUUGACACAUGAAGUAGAAUUAUUUUCUGAGGCAAUAAAAGCUCAGUUUGAACAAAAGCGAACAGGUGAUUCAUGGAACACUCAACGAUAUGGAAAGAUUAUUUGCUAUGAGACAUUGCCAUGUCCAUCGAGUCCUCUCUGUCUCGAUUGGAGAGAUAUUUGUGACGGUGCUCAAGAGUAUUUAAAUGGUACUGAUGAAGAAAAUUGUGACAAAUUAGAAUUCAAUGAAUGUGAGGAUGAUGAAUUUCGAUGCACAAAUGGAAUGUGCAUUCCAGAAGAAUUCUGGUUGGAUGGUGAUCAUGAUUGUAUGGAUUGGAGUGAUGAAUAUUAUAGUGAACAUGAACAAACGUGUCCGUUCUAUCCGAAAGCGAUGGAAUGUGACGAACACUUAUGCGUGAGCUACAUGUACUCUUGCGGCGAUGGGGAAUGUGUUUACUGGGAGACACGAGUGGCAUUUCAACGAGUAGUCGAAGCACGAGAGGACUGUUUCAACAAGCGGAAUCUAAAUUACAUGUGUGCAGUGAGUCCACAUCGAUCGACUUGGACACUCGAAAGUGGAUUAUGUUGUCCAGAUAAAGACUAUGAUGAUUCUCGAUACCCUGCAUGGAACCAGAUUAUUGCGUCAAACAUCUCCCAAUACGACAAAUGUCAAUAUCUCUUUCGAUUUGUUUUAUCGAAAAAUUUCGAGCAUAAUUGUCCAUGCAAUGAGCGAAAUUGUACAGACAUGAUGAUACAUGAAUGUCAAGAUUCAGAGCGACUCAUUGUCUAUCCUCCACAAGGGUUAAUCAAUUCAAAUGUGAUCGUCAAGUACAACUACAGUAGCUUCACAGGAAAUCUAAAUUUUCAGUAUGUUUAUCUUUCUGGAAGUCUAAAAUGUCGAGGAUAUCUUAUUUGGAUCAAAGGUCCUGUAGUGGUCGGUGAGGUUGAUGAGCUGAUACUCGAUCGACGCUUCAACCAUGUACUUUGUGAAACCAAAACUCCUGGAUUAAUAUAUAGGUAUUUUGAAUCACCUCAUAAAAAUCAUCAGUUCUGCUGGAAUUACUCAUUAACAUUCAAUCGUCGACCAUAUGCUGUUAAUCUUAACAUGUGUACUAGAAAAGGAGAAUGCAUCUCACAAUAUCGAAUUCGUGAUGGACAUGCUGAUUGCUGGGAUGGACAAGAUGAGAGAAUGGUUCCUGGCAAGAGUUACUGCAUGGCAAAUGUCGGGCGACAUCGUUUUCAAUGUUAUGAUAAUAAUGAACGCAAAUGUCUCACACUCAAUCGAUUGGACACAGGGAUUCCUAACUGUUUGAAUAACUAUGACGAAAGUUUGUAUGGCACUGGUAGUGGUAUAAAAUGGAAUCUUCCAUGUUCCACAAAUCUAAAAACCGACUGCCAUCUUGUGAAAACAUACAUUCAACAAUCGUCUGCUAGGAAUUUCAGUAGUAAUACACCACUUGUUAAUCGUGAACGGCAAACGACAAUAGAUCGCAUCUCUUUUCAACAGUAUUGUGAUAGUUUCUGGGAUUUGGAGAAACAUGUUGACGAAAUGUCUUCUUCAUGCAAAUAUUGGAUAUGUAAGAACGAUGAAUAUCAAUGUGGAACAGGACAGUGUAUUGCACUCGAUUGGGUUUGUGACGGCGAAUGGGAUUGCUCUGAUGCAUCUGAUGAAGAAGCUAUUUUGCUCAAUCAGAAUAGGUUAAGUCAUAAUUCUCUACUCCGAAAUUUUUCUUUUCAUGUUGAAAAAUGUCGAAUACGAUAUUCUAACGCACCAUUUUCCAAAUACUGCAAUGUGUCAUUUGAAUUUGGUUGCUAUCUAUCUGGAGUAUUAAACCCGUUGAAUAUGACAUUGAAUCGUCCAUGCAUUAAUCUUACUCAGAUUGGCGAUGGUGUGGAAGAUUGCCAUAAUGCUUAUGAUGAAAAAAACACAUUCACAUCAAACGCGGGUCUUGGGGGCAUGUGGGGUUUCAAUUUUCGCUGUGGAACUGAUCACAUAAUUAACUUAUACAGUUGUUACAAGGGACAUGAAUAUUGGUGUCCAUCUGGUAAUUUCGAAAAUAAAAUUCUAUAUCGCAAUAGUAAGAAGCGACUUUCACGGGAACGUCGUGUAUUAAUCCCCAAUAUAUCAUUUCCCAUCGAAGGUACACUGAAGACUAAUAAACAUCAAUCAUCGAAGUCCAUCAUCAAUCUUCGAAAUGAUCAAUCUUUCAAAGUACAUUCGUAUCAAUGUAAUCGAGGUAUCGCUGUUGUUGAAAUCAAUGAAACUCGAUGUCUAUGUCCACCUGCUUAUUAUGGUGAUUGGUGCCAAUUCUUCAGUGAUCGAAUCAGUAUUAUUGCACAUAUCAAUCAGACUACAGAAUUCAAGACCAUUUCGAACAUGACAUUCAAAAUCAAAGUUAAUCUUCUUUUCAAUAAUAGAAUCCCAGGUCGAACAUACACGGUCGUAUACGACGGUAAAUCGCCGUAUUUGGCCGUAUUACAUGGCUCCGUAUUACGAUCGUAA